AUGGCAGAAUCCCUUCUGAUGGCUCUGAAAUCCUUAAACUGUCCAGUCUGUCUGGAUCUGCUAAAGGAUCCAGUGACGAUUCCUUGUGGACACAGUUACUGUCUGAGCUGUAUUGAAGGCUGCUGGAAAAAAGAAGAUGAUGGUGGCAUGUACAGUUGUCCUCAGUGCAGACAGACCUUCAGUCCAAAGCCUGAUCUUAACAAGAACACCACACUGGCAGAACUAGCUGAAGAACUGAGGAAGACUUCAUGUCAGGGGGAUCCUUCAGCUGUUUCUCUCGCUGGACCUGAUGAUGUGGAGUGUGACAUCUGCACUGAGGUUAAAUACAAAGCUGUCAAAUCCUGUCUGGUUUGUCUGGCCUCAUAUUGUGAAGCUCAUGUUCAGAGUCACUACAGAUCUCCUCCUUUAAAGAAGCAUAAACUCGUUGAGGCCUCUGCUAAUCUUCAGGAGAAGAUCUGCUCCAAACAUGACAAGCUACUGGAGAUUUUUUGUCGCAGUGAUAACAACUUUAUUUGUUACUUAUGUGCCAUGGAUGAACACAAAAACCAUCAAACAUUCUCAAUUGCAGCUGAAAGAACUACAAAACAGAAUGAACUGGUGGCGAUUCAGAAUGCCUCCAAAACAAGAAUAAUACAACAAGAGAGCAGAAUACAGGAGGUGAAUAAGAAAAUGAAAUCUCUCAAACGUUCUGCACAGGCUGCAGUAGAUGAAAGUGAAAAGAUCUUUACUGGUCUUAUUCAGUCGCUUAAAGAAAAAAACUCUAAGGUGAAGGAACUCAUCAGGGCUCAGGAACAGAGUGAACUGAGUGUGGCCAAGAAACAUCUGAUGACACUGCAAGAGGAGCUUGAGGAUUUGAGGAAGAGAAACUCUGAGCUGGAGCAAAUUUCCCGAAUAGAUAAUAACAUUGAUUUCAUCAAGCGUUUCCUACCUCUCAGUGUUCUUCCUCGAUCUCAAAUAUUAUACAUUGGUAUAAACAUCCCCACAUUCUCCACAUUCUCCAUUGAUGAAGUAAGGGAUGCUGCAUCUUUAGUGAUGGAAAAAGUGGAAAAAUUUCACAAGAUGGAACUAGUCAAAUCAUCUACAGUUCACAGAAUCACUGUUACACCAAAGACCAGAGAGGACUUCUUGAAAUAUUUCUGUCAGCUGACUCUAAAACCAAACUCAGAAAACAAAGAACUCUGUCUGUCUAAUGAAAACAGAACACUGAAAGUGACUUAUCAGCAAAAAAACUACAGCUAUUCUGGAUAUAACAGUUACAGUAACAAUUACAAUUACGAUCCACCAGAUCCAAACAAGCUACAUCAAGUGUUCUGUAAAGAGGUUCUGGAUGGACGCUGUUACUGGGAGGUUGAACAAUUUAACCAGCAAUAUUUUACUAUUGGCUUGGAUUAUAAAGGCAACAGUGUGAAUAGGUACAGUCAACAGUCAGUCUUUGGGUGUAAUAAUCAGUCCUGGAGUCUGAGCUGCUUAGAUUCCAAAUAUUACGCUACUCACAAUAACAAAAAGGUUGAAGUCCAGGUUACAUCACCCCUCUCUAAAAUUGGAGUGUACCUGAAUCACCACACAGGAACUCUGUCUUUCUACAACGUCUCGGACACCAUGACCCUUAUCCACAAGUUUCAGGCCACAUUCACUCAUCCCCUCUAUGCUGGAUUUGAGCUUCGUGGUUAUGAUACCGGUUUUCAAAUCCAUAAGCUUAAUUAA